AUGACAUCAUUUUUAUAUAUUCAAACUAGUCGUGAGGGCGCACGUGUGUUGGCAGAUGUCCAUUUCUUUCGGCCGUUCCGCUUUUCCUUCAUUUCACUCUUAUACUACGAUUUCGGUGAAUUUUCCGUUUCACUUCCUAAUUUUUGAUCCAUUUCGCAAUAACAUUGAAUCUCUAAAGAUUGCGGUUGAUAACCACGCGUCAUUGUUUUUGUUUUCGCCUUUUAAUGACGACGAAAAAAAUUAUUUUCGGUUUUUGUUUCGAGUUCCUCAUUCAUUCCGAUUCCCAACAGAAAUCUGAGAAGGAAACAAACAUUUAUUGGUAGAAGCUAAAGAAAAACUGGCUUUCCUCUCCCACCCCAAGCCUAAUUAAACUUUUGGCCUUGAACCGUUCCUCCCAAAACGGGCUUUCAUAUCGAUCCUCUUAACUAACUCAUUUUUUCUCCUUUUUACCUGGAAAAUAGGUAAUUUAUUGAAACCGUUCCACGCGCAAAAGAGAGAGAGAGAAAGUUUAAAAAAACGACACGCUUCCGCGUAUCGGAACGAGUUGUCAGUAUCAACUUUGUGUUGUACCAAUUAUCUUAUCAAUCCUCCUUCGUUUCACUUUGCAAUCACCUUCGAUUCCUCCAAUUUCUCGCUACGGUAAUCAGCUUUCCGUGAUGGAGGGUGUAUGAACAUUUUGCAUUUUAGCCUACGACAUUUUCUGGUUUUUUUUUUCGAAUUUGGUUGUUUCCUUUUUUGUUUCUUUUCAUUUUGUGUUCAUUCUUUUUUUCAAUGUUCUCAUGUUUCAUCAAGAACUUUGAGCCAAGAAAUCUUGCGAGAUAUAAGAAAUACUGAAAUCGGACUUUUGAGAAGAUUUGCUCAUUCCUCCAGAUAUUUUUUUCGAAUAAAAAUUCGUUUUUUUAAAUGAAAACCAAAGUUAUAAUUUAAAUUUCACCUUUUUCAACCUCUCAAAACACCAUCACAUGUUUUCCUUUCCCCACUCGAUCUUCAGCCGAACAUUUCGAAAUUCCCAUAAAAAGUCUGUUUUGCCCAAAUCUUGGGCCAUUUUACAGGACAAAGUGCGGUUUACACAGCUGUUUUUCCACACUUUCGCUAGUUGUGUUUUUUUUUCGCCGUUUUAUUCAAGCGAAUCUGAAAAUUUUUCAGGCCAAACGAUCAGUUUUCCAUCCAUUUUCCCCAUGUCCACUUCCUCCAAUGACGCAGAGCUGUUAGUUUUUAAAUUUCAAAAAAAUUUUGUGAAAAAAAAAGACUUUUUCAACUGUUUAAAGGCGCAGGAAUGGCAAAAAAAGCGGCAUUCGCUUCGAGACCCUAAUGAAAGUUUGGCCAUGCUCCUUUAAAGAAAAAUUAUUUAGGAUUUUUUUGAAAAAUGCCUUGUUUUUCGCUAUUUUGUGGCUCUAGGAAUCAUUAUUGGUCAAAUUUUUACGAGGAAGUGACAAAAAAAUUUACAUUUUUUUCAUGGAAUUAGGACGCAUUUUGAGCAAAUUUUUUUAAAAAUAAUAUGAAAUUUUUUUCGAGAUUUUACGCUCGUAAUUUUGGUUGGAAAUGAAAAAGCUGGAUAAGAAUUUUUAACUGUAAAAAAAUCCUUAAAAUUUCCAUCUUUAGGUCAUGUCUCUGUAAUUUCAGUUAAAAAAAUCGAAAAAAAGUUGAUUUUUUUGGCUUAAAAUGAAUAUUUUCAACUAGAAAAAGGCCUGAAAAAUUUCCUUUUUUUAUGGAUCUUUUUUUCUUUAAAUUUUUUUAUUAAAAACGUAAAAUUCAAUAAAAAAGCUUCUAGCAACCUGAUGCGUCAAAUGCCGUCGUGCUCACGCGACGCGACCGCGACGCCUUCGACGGCACUCGUCGACCUCGAUAUUUAUUCCUGGGGCCGCAUUUUCGAGCACGUCGCCUCUGGAAUCUCUCUAAAGGCUGCCCUGGCCCUCAAGGUUUUUUUUCCCUUAGAAAUCCAAAAAAAAUCGGGAUUUUCUAGACGAUCCACUCGGAAGCCUACCGUGCGGUGGAGCGCGCUUUCCGCUUCGUGACAAGUCUCAAAAUCGAAAUCUACGAAUCUCAUUCCUCAAGCCUUCGAGUCCCGAACAACGGCACCACCGACGCGGUUUUCGUUGUUCAGGUUCCCAUUUUCGAGGUUCCUGGUUCGAGUCCCCUCCUCGUUUUUGCAGGGAACCUCCACCAGAAACGCCUCCAAAGCCUUGGAUAUGGUCAAAUUCGUGUUGGCCAGGACGGAGGGCAUCCGAAACGUCGACCUUUAUUUUGAGGAUCGCGAUAUCACGCUUUUGAACUCGAUUUUGGACGAAUUGAUCAGUUGUGGUGGGUUUUUGGGACGCUUUUUGUAGUGUUUUGAGUUUUUUUCGUGUAAAAUCUUCAAAGUUUCGCUCAUUUUUGCUCAUUUUUCUGUCUUUCUAUAUUUUUACGUUCAGUUUUUUGCAACUUCAUUCGAAAAAAAAGCCAAUUUUUGAGUUAUUUUUGCUCAUUUUCGUGGCCUUUUUGAACUUCUGAAGCUAGUUUCCUGCUCUUUUAUUGAAAAAACACCACUUUUGGAUUUAUUUUUGCCCUUUUUUGGUCUUUUCAAAUUUUUAAGUCUGGUUUCCUGCAGAAUUAGUCGAAAAAUUUUUUUUUAUUUUGAAGCUUUAUUCUAUAUUUUUUUAUAGGAAAAAAACCGUUUUUUUCGACUGAAAAUUUUUGGAUUUUUUUCAUUUUUUUAUUUAUUUUUUUCUGAAUAUUUGAGGCUUGUUUCCUGCAAUUUAUUGGACUACUUUUUCGAUUUAUUUUUGGCUCAUUUUCGUGUCUUUUUUUAAAUUUUCAAGCCUGGUUUUCUGUAUUUUUAUUCGAAAAAAGCCAUUUUUUAAGUGAAAUUUGCGGAUUUUUUUUACUCAUUUUUGCUCAUUUUCGUGUCAGUUUUUGAAUUUGAAGUUUAAUUUCUUGCACUUUUAUUUGAAAAAAAAAACCAUUUUUCGAUUUAUUUUUGCCUUUUUAUUCAAUCUUUUCAAAUUUUAAAGCCUGGUUUCUUGCAACUUUGUUCGAAAAAAGUCAUUUUUUGAUUGAAAAUUCGAUUUUUCGCUCAUUUUUGCUCAUUUUCGUGACUUUUCUAUGUUUUUUUGAGGCUAGUUACCUGCUGCUUUAUUUGAAAAACGUCAUUUUUUUCCAGCUGUUUUUUUGCCCUUUUUAUUUGAUCUUUUCAAAUCUUCAAGCCUGGUUUUCUGUAAUUUUUAUUCAAAAAAAGCCAUUUUUUUGACUGAAAAUAGUGGAUUUUGUGGCUCAUUUUUUUCGUGUUUUUUUCUUGAUUUUUUUCAGUCUGUUUCCUUACGAAAAUUCAUGAAUUUGAAGCAAUUUUGAUGAUUUUUUUGAUGGUUUUUGAAUAAUUUUCUGAAAAUUUUAGGCGAAAAAAAAUUUUUACUGGAUUUUUUUCAAGUUUUUAGUCAAAAAAAUAAGCUAAAAAAAGUAUUAAAAAUUAAUUUUGGAUUUUUCACUUUUUUUCGAAUUUUCAGUUCAAGUCAUCCCUAUAGUGAAAUUUUUUGGAGGGUGAAGUUUAGUUUUACUGCUUUUAUCACUAUGAUGGCUUCAAUUUUCAAAUUUUUUCACUUUUCAAGAUGUUGCUGUUGAUUGCUCAUCUUAGCGCUUCUCCGAAAUUUCACCAAAUACAAAAAUUUUGACGAUUUUUGAAGUUUUUAACGUUUUCAACUCAUUCCGAAGUUUCAAGUACUUUUAUGAUUUUCAAAAAAUUGAUUUAUAGAAAAAGUGAAGCUGGAAACGUUGACAGUGAAGAGACGACAGGGCGGACAAUCUGUGACGAAACUCGGCGAGCUUAUGCGCUCCAACGCGAAAACCCUCCGAAAAGUCUCCCGUGUUGGGCUCACCGAGGCGGCCAUCGGCUUCAAUGAAGAGGUAUGAGGGGAUUUCAAGGGAUCCCUUUAGGGAUUUGGCCUUUUUUAAAGGCUCUAGAAGCUCUCCUUCUGUUGGAUUUGAUCAGAUUUUUCGGAGUGCUGGAAAAGUUUUAGUGGUCCCUUUAGGGUUUUGAGGUUUUAGUGUCCAUUAGAGUAGUCGAGUCAGUGGCCACUUAAGCGGCUAAGGUUUAGUGACCUCUUUAGAAGUCGGAGUAGUAUUAAACAACUAUAGUGACCACUAAGACGCCAAAUAGUGCCUUCUAUAGAGAUGGUUUUAGUGGCCACUUCAGGGUCUUCUCCAAGUACUGUCUUAAGUGCGCACUCUUUAUCACAGUGGCUUUAAUGAAGUGGUUUGAAGGGAUUUUAAGGGGUCCCUAUAGGGAAUUUUUCAAAAAAAUGUGAGAAAAAUGCCUUUUUCAAGCCCUUACAAGCUCCUCUUCUGUUAGAUUCGAUCAGAUUUUCGGGGCCAGAUCUGGAAAUUUGACUAAAUUUUAUUUUGGCCUAAUGAAAUGAUUUCAAGACUUAAAGUGCUCCCUUUAGGGAUUUUCCAAAGAUAGGUGCAAACAUUUUUUUUAAAGCCCUUGAAAGCUGUUCUUCUGCUAGAUUUGAUCAGAUUUUUGGCGCCGAAUUUUCAAAAUUUACUCAAAAAAAGAGUUUUUUCGAGGUUAAGUAUAGAAGGCAUUUUCGUAGGAAGGAAAAGAAAAGUUUUAAUUUCAAAAAAAAAGUUCUUAUUUUUCUUUUAAGAAAUGAGAAAAAUUCAGGCGACGUCGUCGGAUCAUUUUUGCAUGGUUCUCAUUGAGAAUUGUGGGUUUUACGGAUCAUUUUUUUGAAAUGAACUAACCCAAAAAUCAACAAAAAAUGGUACCACUAAUCGCUUGAAUUUUCGACUUAUUUUUUUGAUUGAAAUCUCGAUUUUUUUUCUAGUUUUCAUUACUAUCCUGUUUCUGGUUUAGUGUAAAAAAAUGGAGAAAUCAAAAAACGUUCACUCAUCGAUAGCUCUAAAAAGAAUGCUCGAAAAUUGGAGAACAAAAUCGAAAGUGCCCACUUUAGGGAUUAUCAAAAGGUAGGCGGUAGAACUUCUUUUUCAAGCUCAUAGAAACUGUUCUUCUGUUAGGUUUUCUCACAUUUUUGGCUCCAAAUCUUGUAAUUAGACUUUAUUUUAUUUAAUUUUUGCGUCAUGAAGAGAUUUCGAGAUUGCAAGGGCUCGUUUUAGGAAUUCUUCAAGAAUAAAGACGAAAAAUGAUUUUUUUUUUUUAAGUCUAGAAGCUGUUCUUCCGCUGGAUUGGCUUUGAUUUCUUGGGCUAAAUCUUGAAAUUUGACUUUCAUUUUAUUUUAUUUUUGGCUUCAUGAAGAGUUUUCGAGACCUCAAGGGCUCACUUUAGGGAUUUUUUUCCAGGAAAGUUGGAAAAAAAAAGAUUUUUCAAAGCCUUUGGAAGCUGUUUUUCGGCUAUAUUUGAUUAGAUUUUUGGCUCCAAAAUCUUGAAUUUUUUAUUUUUGGCGAGCUGAAACAAAACUUCAAAGCUUUAAGUGCUCCUUCUAGGGAUUUUCUAACAAUGAAUAAAAAAAUUCUAAAAACGAGAAUUUUCAAUCUCAAAGUCCGCUGUUUGAGUGAUUAUGUUUGAAUUGGUAACUUGGUACCACCGAAAAUCUUGAAUUUUUGAAGAAAUCUGGAAGAAAAGUACAAUUUUUCUUGCAGAUGAACCUCGAGUGGGCGGCGCUGAUGUCGUUCGACCUCGGGUUCGACCCGCAGCCCGGCAAAAUCCCGGAGAUGAUGAACCGACUGACGGUCAGCGGCGCCAAGUUCAAACACUUCAGCUACACUAGUUUCGACGGCUUCGAUCCCAAUGAGGAGACUGUUCAGGUGAUUUACUGAUCAAACCUGGGAAAUUUGGUUUUUUCAAGUGGUUUUUCAAGGUUUUGGUGGAAAUUUGAGAGCCUUUUUUGUGUUUUUAUGGGAAAUUGGGAUAGAAAGGUUCAAGUUUUCAGGAUUUUUGAAGUUUUAUAGGAUUUUCAAGGUUUUGGCUGAAAUUUGAGAGCCUUUUUCAAUUUUUUUGAAUAAAUUUUACAAAAAAGUCUCUCGAAAAGUCCCCAACAAGAGAAGUUGGAAAAGACACACUUUAAUAAACGUCCAGGCCACCUGAUUCCAGAAAAAAAAAUUUCAAGUUUUUUGCCUUUUGGUGUAGUUUUGGUACCUCAAAGUUUGCACGCCAGAGCUAAUCUGGCGCGCUAAAAGGCCACCGCUUGCAUCUGGGAGCAUGGUGUAGUGGUUAGCGUUUUAGCAUUGUGGAACUGUGAUCAGGGUUCGAAUCUCAGAGGGAGCAAAAUUUUUUUUGCAAUUUUUUCUGGAGGUUUAAUUGAUGAAUAGAACGAAAGAAGUCGCUGUAAAUGUCAUUUCGCGUUGUUUUUUCAGUAGUUUGACAUCAUUUUUCGGCGAGAAACUCUCUACUUUUUCCGAAAUCACAUGUCUGCAAAAUUUCAUCAAUUUUUCAGUCUUCGUCUUUUUUUUUACUCCCCUUGAAGGCUAUUUUUAAGUUAGAGAUUUUUUCGAUGUCCUUUUCAAGGAGUUUAAAAAGAUGCUUUUUUCUACGUCAUAUCGGAAUUUUUCUCAAAAUCCGCUUCCAGGACCUUCUGGACAAGUGCGGCGUCGAAUCGCUCAAGCUUUCGAUGAUGCGCGGUCCGAAAAUCGUCCCCAGACCAGCCUACAUGGUCGGCAAGGUACUGUAGCCUUGAACUAGCUGUUUUUACACCAAGUCGUUUCCAGGUUCGAGGCGUGAAGGCGGUCGAACUCGUUGAGAUCGUCGAGCAUCCGACGCGGCUCAUCAAGAUCGAGGCGUUCAGGACGCCGUUCGAGAAGGUCUUCCCCAUGGCCGCCGACAAUAUUACGAUCCGUCAGCAGUGGAACUGA